ACUUUCAACAUUUCUGCAAAGCUAGAGAAGGUAUCUUGUAAUUUAAAUUUCUUUAAGAAUUAUCUAUUUUGUAAUAUACUGUCAACAGGAGGUCAGUUUUAAAGGAAUACUGCUGAUAGCCUGAAAGACUGUGGAAAAGAAAUUUUUUCCCCCUUACACACUGAUAGUUCUUAUAUUUGCAUUCCUGCAAUUCUUAUAUAUAUAUUUAAAAAAAAAACACAUUGGAUUAGCAGCAAGAGAGUUGAAAAUGGCAGAAGUUGGGAAUGACUGCUAUUUCUUUUUUAAUUCCACAUGCAUAAAGGGUUCCCAGUGCCGAUUCCGACACUGUGAAGAGGCCCUUGGUAGUGACACUGUGUGCUCAUUAUGGAGAGAGAGGAAAUGUUUAGAUCCACUUUGCAGAUUUAGACACAUGGAAAUGCAGCAAAACUGCAGCAUUUCAUGCUUCUGGGAAACUCAACCUCUUGGUUGUGUGAAGAUUAGUUGUAUCUUUUAUCACAGCAAACCUCGAAAUAUCAAUGGAUUAUUUUUGCCACCAAGUAGCAAUAUCACGCUACAGAAAGAAAAUCAGGAAGGCACUCCACCCCCGACCCAGAGUCAGGAACCUCUGAAACCUCAGGAAAAUAUAUCACGACCCAUUCACCAUCCUUUAGUUUUAAAAACUAACUUUGAGGAAGAAGAGGAGGAAGUAGAUGAACAAAACGAUGCUUCUAGUUUAUGGACAAAGACUCCUGAAGAAAUUGAAGAAAAAAGAGCAAUAAAGGAGAUGUGUUAUAAAUCAGGUGAAUACUACAGAUUUCACACUCCUCCAGAUAUUUCAACGUCAAAAAGCAUAGCUCCUACAGCAGAAAAAGAGUUAGAAAAGCCUUUGGAAAAUGGCAGCGAAUUGCAAGAAGGGGAUGGUCUUACAGUUCCAACAAAAUAUAGCCUUGAAAGGCAAGGUGAGAUAAAGACAUCACUGGAUAGGAAACCAAGGACUGACAUUGCUGAAAAUGGAGGAGGUGACUGUUACGUUCCACAGAGAAUCAUAUUUCUUGGAGUAGAUGAAAAUAAAGCUUUAAGUGAAGAGAAAGAAAGCUCCCUGUCGAAAUGUUCAAAUACUAAAGUGAACGAUGUCCAGCCAGUGAGGAAGCCUCAUUUUAAAGGUGUGAAAAAAAGAAAAUGGAUUUAUGAUGAACCAAAGAAUUUUCCUGGCCCUGGAAUGAGGAGAGCAGUACAGGCUCCAAAUCCCAAAAAUAAGAUGAGUUAUUAUCGCAGCAAUAAAAACCGAAAUGCUGAGAAUGCGUCCUAUAUCCACGUUCAGAGAGACACCGUCCGGACUGUCUCCCUGAGUGCACCUCCCCGCAGCAGGCCCGCAAAUGGUUCCUACAACAAAGGUGAUGUUAACAAGGAACACAGACUCAACCUCUGUUCAGGUGAGGCCCUUUGCCAGGGUGCUUUACUGCUGUCUGUGGUUUGCAUCUCACGAGGCUUCCUAAUGGCUUGUUCAACUUCACUGGCACCCAGAGCCCUCUUCUUUCCCAGGCCUUCACCACCAUAGUAUCUUAGAAACCAGGGAGAGGGUUUACUGCAUGUGCGGGAGAGCACAGGAUUUAAGGGAUGUGGAAGGAAGCUCCCCUGUUGGGUACAGAUGACUUGACGUGGGCCCUCCCUAGACUGUUAUCUCAGAGCUCUGCCCUUUGCUCCCCUGGAUGGCUUUAUUUCAUUCUGGAGGAUUGUUUUUAAAUGGUUGACAUUUUCUUGUUCUGCUAACUGCCUAGUUCAAUUAUCACGGUCAGGCUAGCACCUUGGCUUUUCCUUCAGUCUUUACGAUUAUUUUCUGCAAGGGUUAGUUGGGGGUUAACUGGAAUAUUUUUGACAACCUCUCAUCUCUCCCACCAUGUACAGAUUGCCUCUAAAUCGUUUCAUCAUGUAACAGGCAGAGUCAUAGUACGUGUCAGGAAGCACAGAGCCACACAGGGGAAGGGAACCAAAUGGCUUUUUCUUCCCUGUCUCAGACGAAUUUUGCUGUUUUGAAGUUGGCUUUUCCGUGUUUUUCCACUUAACCAAAUGCCACUCAAUUAUCUGUAAUUUCAUGUUUGUGUUUUUCCACGUUCACAGUCUAGUUAGUGGAGUUCUGAAUGUUUUGCACUUUUGGAAACAUAAGUGAAGACUGUCUUUCUUAGGUUCUUU